AUGGCAGAAACUCAGGAUGAAGAGUGGAAGGCCCAGAUCUCUACGUUGUUUGAGGUGGAAACUUCCGUUAACUUAGAUGCCAUGGAUCCGGCGAAGUCUUAUGCCAGGAUCAGUCCAGAGAUCACAGAGUAUGUCAGCCAGCUUGGAGAGGAUUUGACUGUGUUGCUGCAACGCCCGGCCCUUAUCCCCCCUCCCAUGAGUUCCUCAUUUCCGUUGACCGACUACUUCAUUUCAUCAUCUCAUAACACAUAUCUCCUAUCGAGACAGCUCGUUGGCCGAGCAUCUGCUGCAUGUUACUCACAUGUUCUGUCUCGCAACGGUCGCUGCGUCGAAAUAGACGUUUGGCCUUCGUCCAAUGGUCCAAUCGUCACCCAUGGCUAUACUUUGAGCAAAAGUAUCAGCUUCCACAGCGUUUGUGCAGCCAUAGGUGAUUCGGUCGGUGAAUAUGAUUGGCCGACUAUGGUCAGUCUGGAGUGCCACGUCGGUGUCGAGGGUCAACAAGAAUUAGUGGAUAUAAUGGUACAGACGUGGGGCGACAAGCUGGUGCAGCGGCGGCUUGAUACGAUAGAAGAUGGUAAAACCUCGCCCGGAGACCUCUUUGGGAGAAUCCUCCUCAUGGUCGAAUAUUAUCCUCUUGGCGUGCCAGAACCUGGGGCCGACUCCUCGUCAGAAUCGGAGGGCGAAGACGGCCCUGGUGCCCCCCCAAAGCACACUCGUAUUUCACCGUCUCUUGCGGAGCUUGGGUUCUACGCGCGCAGCAUGAAGCCAAAGGAGGGCUGGCUACACGAGGAAAUUCUGGAGCCAAAGAACAUCCUCAUCAAUAUUUCCGAAUCUUCCAUCUCAUCCCUUAUUCCCAAAUCACUUCAACAUCUGAUCUCUCAUGCACAUCGCCAUCUACGUCGGGUCUAUCCUCGUGGUACGCGGAUAGGUUCCAGCAAUCUUGACCCCGUGAAGUUCUGGCGUGAUGGAUCGCAGGUGGUGAGCCUCAACUGGCAAAACUACGAUCGAGGGAUGCAGAUCAAUGAAGCGAUGUUCGUUGGAUCCCCGGGUUGGGUGCUCAAGCCUGCUUCUUUCUUGGGUUUGGAGAGAGGCGGUCCGAAGAAGAUCAGCUUUGCGUGUCGUAUAGUGGGAGUUAGCGGCUUGCCUACCCCCGAGGGUCGCGAACUUGGAGAGCCUUAUUCUGUCUACCUUAAAGCCCAUCUAUUCCACGCUGGUGGCGACAAGAAAUGGAAGUCGUCUUCAGUAAAAGCUGGGGGCAACAUGGGAAUGGACGGGGCUGACGUGAUGUGGAAAGAGAGUUUUGAAUGGUGGCUGGACGCUGACGAACUCGCAUUUCUAAGACUAUCGAUAUAUGACGAUAAAUACGCCGGUGACAGCAAGUUUGUCGUUUUCUGUGCUAAGCUGGACCACCUACAACAGGGGUGGUGCUUCCUUCGCAUGUUGGAUAUGAAGGGUAAAUACUCUGGGGCCACGCUCCUCACUCACCUCAGCGUAACCCCCAUCUCUUAA